CUUGUGCGAAGACGUGGUAAACGAUCCCACGCAUCUGAGUCUAACUCAUCCAAGGAUGAAGUGAAAAAACGGCCCUACAGAGAUGUGCCUCCACAUUUGCUUAAAUUAAGCAAUAAUAAAUACCCUCCUUCGCACCUAAGACCGUUCGAGGAAGAUUCAUGGAAAUGAGAGAUCAUCUGUUCCCGCAUUCAGAUUGGAUAGCAUAUAUCCCUAACUACAAAAUACAACGUACCUGCAUCUCCUGGGAUAUUAACAAUUUUGACAAUGACGAGGAAAUCCAAGAGAACCUCUCCCCUCCGCCUGGCUGGUUGGAUUCAUGGCCGAAAGUCGUGGCCGUUAAAGGUAUCUCCAAGCCUGAUAAAACAUCUGAUCGUACUAAUUCUGAUACUUCACGCAGAAGGAAAGCUUCUGCUUAUAUAAUCACCUUCGAAGGAUCUAUUUACCCAGAUAGAGCCUCCCUAUACGGGAAAAUUAUCAAUCUAAAGCCUUAUAUUCAAAAGGUUAUAAGAUGUCACUUAUGUCAAAGAUUCGGACAUGUUGAAGAACAGUGUCGCAGCGCUAAAUCUUCGAGAAUUUGUGCCAAGUGCGCUGCUGUAGGACACUGCGAGGCUGAGUGUUCCUCCUUGCUCUCCAAAUGCAUAAAUUGUACUAGGAAAAGGUUAGAAGAUUCGGCUCAUACAGCCAAUAGUCAGACUUGCCCUGUUUUCGUUGAAAACAGAAAGAUCAAACAACUUAUGACCAUUCUCGGGAUUAGCAAUAGGGACGCUGGAGAGUUUUACAGAAGAUAUAUUGGUGAAAAUCGAACCGAGUUAUGGUCUGAAGUUUUAUCAUAUCUUGAUUCCUUUAGGAAUGUUAUUAUCUGUGGUGAUUUCAAUGGUUCUCAUCCUUCUUGGACUUCCUCUUGCACUUCUCCGAACACUACUGGCAAAAUUAUCCACGAUAUAUUAAUAGAUCUUGAUCUCCUAAUUGCUAAUCAUGACACUCCCACCUGGUCUUCAUCUAACGGCCAAAUCACUAGCUCUCCUGACCUUACCCUUGUUUCCAGCAACCUCAGCAUGCAGGUAGACUGGAACGUGUGUGAUGAGAAGCAUGGUAGUGAUCACUACCCAAUAAUAAUAUACAUUAAUCAUAUUCUUCCAACUAGGCUUCAUAUGCAGCCUCAUUAUACUGUCAGCAAAGUGGACUGGAGUUACUUUGCUCACCGACUUGAAGAAUCUUCCAUUCAUCUACAAGACUAUCGCAACUCUAUGGAGUUUUCAAAUCCAUCCAAGGCUUACGCUGAACUCGAGAGGCUCAUCCAUGAAGCUUUAGUAGAGGCUGGAGCACGCAAACCUGGAGAGAGUACCACACCUCGAAGACCACUAUCGCCCUGGUGGGAUGAUGAGUGUCGCGAAAUUAUUCAAGAUAAGUUAUUCGCGUACAAACGAUAUAAACUUUUUCCAAAUUCUGAAUACCUUGCUCUAUAUCAGAAGGAAAGUAGAAUUGCGAAUAGGAAACUGAGGAAGAUCAAGAAGAAAAAAUUCAAAAGUUUCUGUAAUGCGCUAAAUAUAAAAUCUGAACCUAGAAAGGUAUGGAACAUCCUGAGAGCUUUCAACAACAGCAAAAGAAUUGAAGAUCUAAAUAGGGGCUUACUUGAUAAUCAAAAACUAAAAGUCUUGAAUAACUUCGACAAAACAAUUUCAACAAACAUUCCCUCGGCUAUAUGUAAUAGAUUUAUUAACAACAUAGCGUCGCCUUUUAAAAAACUGAUUUCUAAUCUUCCCACGAAAACCCUCUCAAAUAAAGAGCUCUUGGAUGACGCCAUUAGCAAGACUGAGUUUUUGGCUUCUCUAAAGUUUCUUUCAAAGAAGAAAACGUCGCUUGGUGCCGACUUGAUAACUUGGUUAAUAAUCAAUAAACUCCCGACAGCUGUGCUAGAGAUUUUACUUAAGCUAUUUAAUGAUUUUUUCACUCAAGGAAUAAUUCCUUCUUCCUGGAAAAAGUAUAUUCUUGUUUUCAUCCCAAAAGGAGAUGGAACUAAUUUAAGGCCUAUAUCUCUAGCAAAUAAUCUUGCUAAAUUAUAUGAAAAAAUUCUACACCACAGAAUUGAAUGGUGGGCCGAAAACGCGGCAAUUAUACCUUUCGCGCAGAGAGGCUUUCGCUUGGCAAGUCGUGUGCACACAAUAUACUUGACCUGAAAAGUUACAUCCAAAGAUCUUUUAAGAAGAAUAAAAAAACUGGUGUUCUAUUUCUUGAUAUCAAAGGCGCUUUUGAUAAUGUAAAUCCUAACAAACUUUGCUGCCUCCUGGUAAACAUGGGUUUUCCCAAAAACAUAGUAUCAGCAAUACAGGCCUUUCUAUUUGAUAGAGUUGUUGAGUGCUUUUAGGGCGGUGUAUCACUUGGUGUUAGAAAAACGUCUAUUGGUCUUUUUCAGGGCUCUGUCCUCAGUCCAAUUUUGUACAAUAUUUAUUCUUCCGGUAUUUCGUUCGGCCUGGAAGACGGUGUACGUGUACUAGCUUAUGCAGACGAUCUGGCUAUUUUUUUCAAGCAUAGCUUAAUUUCAACAAUUACCACCAAACUGAAUCAUAAUUUAAGCCUUUUGGGGAAAAAUCUCGCAGACCUAGACUUAACGCUCUCUGUAUCUAAAACUAAAUACUGUAUUUUUGAUAAAACUGCUAGAUUCUCAACUCUCAAUAGAGUUUACUCUUCUUUGGAUAUCCAAAUUAGUUACAAUAGUCAAAAGGUAGAACUAUCCGGUGAAGCUAAAUUCUUGGGAGUCAUUUUCGAUUCUGCUCUUUCUUGGAAAAGUCAGGUUAAUUAUAUGGUAGAUAAAUGCAAGCCGAGAAUAAAUAUCCUUAAAGCUAUAUCGGGUAUAAGAUGGAGCUCUCACCCUACACUCAUUCUUUCCGUGUACCGUAGUCUUAU